AUGACGAAGUCUAUCGUCCUCAUCCUUGGAUCAGGCGCCAAUGUUGGUCGCUCCGUUGCUCGCAAAUUUGCAGCCGACGGCUAUCUUGUCGCAAUCUCCGCUCGCAGCCUGGAGAAUGGUACUUCGCCGGAGGGCUAUAUCACAAUCAAAGCCGACUACUCCCAUAGAGAUGCCAUUCCAAUUGUUUUUGACAAACUAAAGGCCAUUGCAGGAGUACCAAAUGUGGUGAUCUAUAACGCUUUUUCUUUUACUCGUCCUCCACCGGACGAGUUGCUUUCGAUCCCUGUAGGAUCUAUUGAAAGCGACCUCUGGGUUAAUACAUUCAGCCCUUUGUUAGCAGCCCAAUAUGCUGUUCGGGGAUUUAAAGAACUUCCUGUGAUAGCCAAGAAGGUAUUUAUCUACACCGGGAAUAUUCUGAAUUCAACAGUGCUUCCCGUUCCGGCGUUCUUCACCUUAGGAAUUGGAAAAGCCGCAAGCGCUUAUUGGAUAGGAUCGUCUGACCUAAACUACUCAAAGAAAGGUUACAGAUUCUACUAUGCCGAUGAGCGUACACCCGAAGGGGGGCCAGUUCUCGGUAAUAUCGAUGCGGAAGCACAUGCGGACUUUUAUAAACAGCUUGUCGACGACCACGAUUCUUCAAUUCCUUGGCAUGCGACCUUUGCUAAGGGAAGAGGAUACGUAAAUUUCUCAAGAAUAUGA